CGUCUUCCACUCGCCAACUUCCGUCUUUCAGAUAUGCACAAUAAACCGCCCGAUUCUAACUUCCCGUUCUAUAAUGUUCUGAUUCAUUCCAUAAUCCAUUUUCUUUCCAAACCCCAAUGGAUCGACACAUCUUUCAAUUCAAUCAAGUUGAUGAUCACCAUCAACAACCACCCAUCGAAGAAGUCUUAUCGUUUCCGAUCGUUUUAUCCGACCGAAUUCUUCACGCCGUCGACGACUCAAAAUCCUACAAACUCGAGUGCGCCGAUGUCGGUAAACAGGUUGAUCGUCUAUCUCAGAUGCUUCGGUCCGCCGUCCGGCUUGCGAACUCCACUCCUUCCUUCUACGAACGUCCAGUCCGCCGUAUCUUCACCGACGUUGCCAAAACCCUAAACCGUGCAUUGAAUUUAGUACGGAAGUGCCGCCGCGGGGGUUUCUUUCGUCGCUUCGUUAGCAUUGUUGGUGUUGUGGAUUUUAGGAAACUGUUUAACCUCCUCGACGCGUCGAUCGGUGACGUCAAGUGGUUGCUCAGCAUUUUUGAUGUCGACGGAGAAUCCGGUGGAAUUGCCGGCGGCGGAGGUAUUGUUCUUUCUUUACCGCCGAUUGCUAGUAACGAUCCGAUUUUAUCAUGGGUUUGGUCUUAUAUAGCUUCACUUCAUUUCUGUUCAAUCAAUGUGAAAAUUGAAGCUGCACAUGAAUUGUCUUCGCUAUCCCGUGAUAAUGAUCGAAAUAAGAAGAUCAUAAUUGAAGAAGGCGGCAUUUCGCCAUUAUUAAAGCUUCUAAAAGAGAAAUCUUCGCCUGAAGCCCAAAUUGCUGCCGCUAUGGCACUUUGUAACCUGGCUAAUGAUCAAAACAAUACUCGGGUAAUCGUCAAUGAACAUGGUAUCCCGAAUAUAGUACAGAUUUUUCGAAAUUCCCCAAUUCUGGUUCAAAUUGAGGUUGCCAAAUUGAUAGCAAGAAUGGCAGAACAUGAUAGCGUUUCCCAAGAGGGUUUUGCAAGAGAGAAUGUGAUAGGAUCACUUGUUUCAUUUUUGUCAUUCAACAUGUUCAUAGAUGAUGAUGGUCUUCGUGGUAAAACUAACAAGUUCUUGAAGAAAGUCAUUCAUCCAAAUGUUGAGAUUAAUACCCAAGUGGAUAGAAGUUUGAUUAUGUGUUCUGAUAAUAGUAACAAAAGGGGCAAAAAAGAGCCACAAGAUUUGAUACUCGAGUUCAAAACCAACUGUUCUGGAGCACUGUGGAUGCUUGCUAGAGGUAGUAUUGCAAACAGUAGGAAAAUAACAGAAACUAAAGGGUUAUUAUAUCUGGCUAAGCUUAUUGAGAAAGAAAAUGGGGAAUUGCAGAUCAACUGUUUGAUGACAAUAAUAGAAAUCACAGCUGCAGCUGAAUACAAUCCUGAUCUUAGAAGAUCAGCAUUCAAGACUAAUUCCCCAUCUGCAAAAGCAAUAGUGGAUCAGCUUCUUCGAUUGAUUCAUGAAUCAGAUAAUCCGGUAACCAAAAUUCCAGCCAUUAAAGCAAUCGGGCAUUUGGCUCGAACCUUCCCUUCUAGAGAGACUCGGGUCAUUGGUCCUCUAGUUAAACAACUGAGUCACAAGAAUCCAAUUGUGGGAACUGAAUCAGUCAUUGCUCUUUGUAAAUUCACAUGUGAAGAGAACUUUCUUCAUGCAGAGCACUCAAAGACUAUAGUUGAGUUUAAAGGGUUGCCACCCUUGAUGAACUUGUUAAGGGGGAAUGAGAGGACACAGUAUCAUGCUUUGGUUCUUCUGUGCUAUCUUGCAAUGCAUGCUGGAAUCAAUGAAUCAUUUGAACAAAGAAGACUUUUGACAGCUCUUGAAGGUGCCGAUAACUCUGUUGCUUGUCGGCAUUCUGAGUUGAGGGAAUUGGUAGCAAAGGCCGUUCAAUAUCUCAAGAUAUUAAGCUAGUAACCACGUAUAGGCGAGCUUUGUAAUUAUGGGGGACAGUUUUCUUUUUUCUUUUACUUCAUUUUUGGAACAAAAGAUGAAAUAUUAAUCGUGUCUUAUCAAUCAACUCCAGACAUAUCAUUACUUUAUUUAGUUAUCUUUUUGUCUGGAGUUGGUUGAGAAACGUAAACUUUAUCGCGGACCUGAGGUAAAAAUGUAAUUUUUUUACG